ACGGUUGACUGGCGGUCUCUGCAGCUGCCGUUGUUGUUGGCGCUCUCGCGGGGUUAGCAGCCCCGAUAAAUACGGACCUGAACACGAGUACGGGAGUCGUCUCUUGGCUUCGCCGCUUCGCGACGCCGUGCAUUUGAGUCAACGCAUCGGGCGACGUCACACGGAGCGCCGUUCGCGAGCGACGGUUGGCGCAUCGGUCCGGGUACUCCGAUCCAGUGGCUUGAUAGACGCUGUUCGCCGGAGAGAGAGAAAGAGAAGGAGUGCGCGAGCGGACCUUCGUUCACUUCGUUCAAGCAGGUGAUCCCUGCGGUCUCUUGGGAUCGCCGAUAACAUCUGUGAUUUCCUGGUGGUGUCUCGGGAGUGAUUCACCACGCUCGCUCACCCGAACGAGGCUCUGCGCCGAAGAAGAGACGCCACACGAUUCGGAGAAUCCGUCGUCGUUCCCCUGGCCCGCUCGACGGCGCCUCGAUGACAAUUAGCGAGAGGUACUACUACUCGCGCCUGUCCGUCCGCUCGCUCGCCCGCUCUCUCGGCCGCUCGCCGCACGUGCCAACCGUCACGGGCCGAGACGGUAGAGAACGCCGGUCGACCGACCUCUCAUUAUCGUUACGUUACAUUACCGAACGUCAGACAGGGUGAGCGUAACACGCACACGCUCGCGCCUCGAUCGUCGCAUCACCGCGGUGACGACGCAACGCAACGUCCGCGUGCAGAUAAUCGUCGCCGGGUAUUUUUGUUUGUUUACGGCAAUCGUGUUCCCAGUUGGGACGUUUCCCCAUGCGAUCGUCGCCUGAUCGAAAGCACAGAUAAGAAAUCAGCGAGCGGGCGAAGAAAUCGAGCUACCGCUCGACUAAACACUUGGCCGAUAAAGUUAGAAAAAAGGAGAGAGAGAGAGAGAGAGAGAGAGUGUGUGAGAUAUUGGUCGGUUGUUUUGCUAAAACCACUUUCGGACUGGUCAAAUGGUGGAGCGCAAGCAUCAUCGGCGCACCAUGGAAGACAGCGUUCAAGGGGCCUCGAGCACCGUCCUCGAGGAGAUCUUCUACGUCACGUCGAAGCGUAACACGUACUACAAGGUGAAGCUGACGGAGAAGGGCCUGAGCCUGCAGAAGGAGCACAACGGCACCGCCAAGAUAGAGACGAUCGCCCUGGGCGACAUAAUCGGUUGUAAAUGCAUGCGGUCGAAGCGCAGAAAUACGGGCAGCUGCGCCUGCCGGCCGGGCGCGUCCAAGUCGCAGAUGAAGCUGGUAGAGUCGGCCGAGAUUCACCAGCAGUACGACGAGCUCGACACCUCGGCGUAUCUCUACAUAUACGCGUACAUCCUGAAGAAGACGCGCAUGAAGGUCGCGAUGAGGCGCGAGCGCACGACCAUCACCCUGCGCUUUCGCAGCUUCGACAAGUACGAGGACAAUCUGCGCGAGGCGAGCAGGUGGCGGCUGGCGAUCAAAUGCCUGAUCGCCAACGAGCCGGUGCCGAAGAACCUGAUGAGCCCCAGCCACGGCAACUUGGAGACCCUGCUCGGGGCGUGUCCGGGCGAGAAUCGGAAGCUGCUGGUGCUGUUGAAUCCGAAAUCGGGACCCGGCAGGGGUAGAGAAACCUUCCAGAAAAGAGUCCAUCCAAUCUUGUCGGAAGCGGAGAGAUCUUACGACAUUUACAUUACCAAGUGUCCUAAUUACGCCCGCGAGUUCGUGCGCACGAGGGAUAUUUACCAGUGGAGCGGCCUGCUGAUGGUCGGUGGCGACGGAAUUGUCUUCGAAGUGGUCAAUGGACUCUUCCAAAGGCCCGAUUGGGAGAGAGCUCUGCGCGAAUUGCCACUCGGGGUGAUACCGUGCGGCUCCGGCAAUGGCUUAGCAAAGUCCAUCGCCUACGCGAAAAAGGAACCGUACGAUCGCAAUCCUUUGCUUAUCAGCGCGCUAUCGGCGGUCAAGUGCAAAAAGACAUCGAUGGACAUCGUACGUGUAGAAACUAGGAAUCAGAUCCUUUUCUCCUUUCUGUCGGUGGGCUGGGGCCUGCUCUCCGACAUUGACAUCGAAAGCGAACGGUUGCGCGCCAUCGGCGGUCAACGAUUCACCGUAUGGAGCGUAGCGCGCCUAAUAGGAUUGAGAACGUAUAAGGGCAAAGUAUCGUAUUUACCGUGCAGCAAGGUCCUCUCGACGGAAAAUAUGGAAAACGGCAAUAUAUAUCGCAAGGACUACGUCGCGGAGAACAUACUGUCGCAUUCGAGAAGUUACGGCGACGAAUUGGACAGAUGUUGUGCCGAACCUGAAUCAGAACCGAAAGGCUUCUACAAUACUUUCGGUGAAACAUCUAACGAUUUAAACGGUUGCGACGACAGCGACGUGAUAACUGAGAAUCUGGCUCUCGAGACGGAUAACAUGAGGAGGCACAGACUUGACAGCUUCUACUCCGCAACGUCGGCGAAGUCGACUUAUUUCAGCACGGGUUCGACCUCGAGUUAUCACAGUAUGGACGAUGAUAGCGCGGAGAUUGGUGCGGAAAACAUCUGUAACAAUCAAGUUAUGUACGGGCCGUCGUCUACACUUCCGGCGCUAACAACGCAACUCUCAAAUUGCUGGACAACGGUUCAAGGAGAAUUUGUGAUGGUACAUGCAGCUUAUCAAACGCAUUUGGGACAGGAUUACUUUUUUGCGCCACGUGCUGCAUUAGCAGAUGAUAUUAUUUGGCUUUUGAUAGUUAAAGCCGGCAUUACACGGGCUAGCUUAUUGCAAUUUUUAUUAGGUCUGAGUAGUGGGACCCAUGUAACUUGCCCUGGCGUUGACAUGAUACCUGUGAAGGCAUUCCGAAUAGAACCUAUGGAGGGAACGAGUGGUCAUUUAACUGUAGACGGUGAAGAAGUUGAUUACGGGCCGUUGCAAGCUGAGAUAUUCUCUUCCCUAGCAUCAGUGAUGACGCCCUGACAUAAAUGAUUAUGUAUUUUUAACGGUGAUAUCCACAACAAAAUCAAAUUAUCUUCGGAAAUAAUCCGACGAGCGAUUUGUUCCAUAAGUUUAGCUUAGAGUAAAUUAGUUAUUACAAUAGUAAAACACCAAAUUGUUAAUAUAUAUUAAUAUCUUUGAAGAUAUUUUGAAUUGUAAAGUUUAAAAAUUGACAAUCUAUGUAAGCUGUUUAAAUCUCAAUUAUCUUACGAUGUGCUCAUUCGAGAAGAAGAGUUCUUUUUUUCUCUUCAUAAUGAAGAGAUAGAUAGAUAAAUAUAUAUAUAUAUAUAUAUAACUAUUUAUUAAUCUAGAGUUGGACGGGUUAAAUCUGUUGCAUCUUAAUAGAUACAUUUAGCCAUUUUGUAAAAUUUUCUAUCAGUUUGUACAGUGUAUCUAUACAUGCAACAUAAUGAUAUUAUUUGUGCUCACUAUUGUAAAAUAUAAUAUUGCGCGUAAGAUACUAUAUUUUGUUACCAUGUAAAAUAAAUUGUUUUUUUACAUGUACAAAUA